AUGGUGAAUCAAACUUACCUUCCUUUGAAACCCUACCGCCGCCGCCGCCGCCGCCACCGCCACCCAUUCCUUCACCACUUUCCGACCACCACGACUCCCAACGUCCAUCUUCUCCGACCACCCUCUCGUUUUCGGCCGCCACCUUUUCGUCACGGAGGCCACCGCGAGCUUCAUCUCCUAAAAGAAACUUGCAGUCCCACGGGUAGACUGUUUUGCUUCAACUAUGCAUGGAAUGUAAUGGCUCGAUCUUUGCCUCUUGAUAAGCACACCUUAGUGAUGCAUUUAAGGAAGGACUUUAAUGAAGUUGUGGCAGGUGAUUGGGAAGUCGCGACACUGCUGGGCUGGCUGUUCGCAGCCGGACUUGUGCGCGGCGGUGGAUUCCUUCGCGACGAUGCUGAAGUUAAGAAAGCUGAAAGCGCCAUCAAGAGCAUGGGUGCAUUGUUUUUGCAAGUAUGCUCAGGUAGUAGAACUGAUAGAAGAACUUUGGAAUUUGGUAAGACACAUGUAUUGAGGCCUAAAGGAAAACACCAAUCUACUAUAGUUUGGCUGCAUGAUCUUCGUGAUAAUGGUUUAAGGUUUAUGAACUUGGCGGAUAUUUCAUGCAUCCAGGAGACAGGUAUCGAGAUAUGUCCUUCCAACAAUCAAGGGAUUUAUUACCUUGAGGUUCCAACCGAUGUGAUGACAGUUUUAACCACUUUCUCGGCCUUUUCACCACUUCCUUAUGCUGAAAUUCGUUUUGAUGGAGCAGUGUGUGGGGCAAAGGCUGAAGGCUGCUUCUGGUUUGUUCUAUACCAAGUGCAGAGACAUGUAGCCCUGUUGACGAGGAGGUGGAAAGUCGGAGACAUACAAUAUUUGAAAUCUAGGUUGAAGUUACAUUUGAUUUGUUAUAUCCAUAACUUAAUAUAUCAUGAGAUUCAUCUUAAAUUUGAACAUAUUCCAGUCAUGGAAAUGAAUUUGAUGAUGCAGUUUUGUGAUAGUUUAUUAUAA